UCUACUAGGAUAGUUUUUUUUUUUUGUGUUGUAAAUAUCUAUAUAAGACCCAAUUUAAUUAAAUCAAUACCAUUUGUCCAGCCGGUAUGUCCCACAUCUCUCGGUGAUACCGUAAGUACAGCUGAUUUUACCACUGUAGGAAUCGAGAGCCACAUUUAUGAAACUGUAAUGGAUGAUGCUUCUAUCAACGCUACACCCACGGUAGAUCCAAAUAUCGGCACUGCUCUCCCAAACGAAAGUUUUGAUUUUGGAUCCGACGACUCUGUGGCAGACCCAAGUUAUGUUCCUCUUUCGGAUAUCACCAACGUGCAGCCCUUAAGGGGGUGAUAGACGGGCGAGCAAGUACGCGUACUUAUGGCUCGACGACCUUUUUCGCUCGUGUGUCAUCCUAAGUACACGUACUUUAAAACCGUCGAGUAAGUUCGUCGGCGAUCCAACCGGUUUGAAAUUUUGCUCGUAGCUCGUCUUGGCUCGUACGUGUGGCAGCACUGCGAGCCGCGAGCCGCCAUUUUGUUUCGCCAGUCCGUGGAUACGCACGCUUGUUUGAAUUGCAAUUUUUGUUAAUUUUGAUUCAUAAAUUUCUCAAAAUGUGUGAUUUUCGAACUUAUUCGCAUGAACUGCUAACGGAAUUUAUAGAAGCUUUCCGAAAUAACUCUUGUCUUUGGAAAAUUAGAAGCAACGAGUACAAAGACAAAUAUUUGAAGCUUCAAGGUUAUCUUAAUUUAUUAGAAAUUAUACGGAAGGUAGAAAGAGAUGCUACGAUUGAGAACGUCAAGAAAAAAAUUAAUUCAUUAAGGGCUGGGUUCCGUAAAGAACAUAAAAAAGUGCAAGAUAGUAAGAAGACAGGUUCAGGAACUGACCCUGACCUGAUUAUGAGUACCAUUGGCGACGUGCCAUCACCUGCAACAUCUGUUGCUUCAUCUGCACGUCGUAAGCGACACGGCAAUACCGCCAUUGAAGACACAAUAUCACGACAUGAAUAUGAUGCUAUAGGGAAAAAUGUAGCAAUGAAACUCCGCAACAUGACUGCUAUUCAACAAGGCAUAGCUGAAAAGCUCAUCAAUGAAGUUAUUUUUUUGGGACGGUUUGAAAAAUUAACAUUCAAUACAAGUAUACAUAAUCCAGUUCCAGUACAGGUACCCCAAAGACCAUUGAUACACAUGCCAGCUGUUCCACUCCAGCUGCAAGAAACACAAGCAUUAAAGUUGACACAAGACUCGCAAACUAUUAGUAUCCCGGACACCCUGGUUGAAUAUUUAAACUUUAAUAAUAAUAAUUAAAAAUAAAUAAAAUACGUUACAUUUGUAUGUGUUCAAGAGUAAAUUUAUUUGUUAAGCAU